AUGAACCCCUCGACAAGUACUUCAGACCUAGCAACUGUCCAAGAGGAGAAGCCACGUCAUAAGUAUGCUCACCCCAAAGGAGGCAUGAAUCUUUUUGACGAGGGCAACAUUAUCCCUGCGGCAUUCAAGGAAUACGUAGCAAAGAUCGCUAACAAGAUUGUAAAGGCCUAGUUUUCAGAUCUUUUAAAAAUCUCAUCACCCUCAUUCAUCCACAGCCCUAUCACUUACGUUUAGGGUGCAGCCAUGGAUGUUCUAUUAUGCUAAAAAUUUUUAACACCUGCAGCUGAAACUGACAAUCCAUUCGAGAGAUUGAAGUUAAUUAUAUGCAUGUAUAUAGGUGGCUCUCAUGUCAAUCCUGCUUUUUGCUAAUGCAGAGCGCCAUUAAAUCCCAUCUUAGGAGAGACUGUUCAAAGAGUGCUUCCCGAUGGAACUAGAUUCUAUGGUGAAUAAACAUCUCAUCACCCGCCUAUCACUAACUUUUUGCUUGAAGGUCCAGACAAUUUAUACAGAUUCUCCGGAUUCUUUGAGUAUAAAGCUUGGUUGGCAGGUGUUAGUUCAAUCGGUGGCUCAAGAGUAGGAAAAUAAAUUAUUUCAUUUAGAGAUGGUGGUUUAAUUUCCAUUAAGGAUCCCUAGAUUGAAAUUUCUGGCUUAACAUACGGUGACAGAGUUCACAAUAUUUUAGGCCAAAUGACCAUUACUGAUCACAUUAAUAAAUUAGAAGCUAUAGUAACCUACAACCCUCCAAAAGCUGAGGGUGGUGGUGUUAUGAAAUCAUUAAGGAACAAAUUAUUCAAAUCCAAAGAUUCUAAGGAGCAACUUAGUGAUUACUUCACAAUUCAAAUAUGUUAAAAAGCAUAAACCACAAGUAAGCAGGUUAAGGAUAAAGUAGUAGUAUCCGAAGGCUCUGGUUCUUGGCUUGAGUAUAUUGAGUUUGACGGUAAGGUAUACUGGACUAUUAACGAUGAAGUACCUAACUGGGAGCAACCAGAUUCUGACAAUCUGAGACAAGAGUAAAGGGAGAUUCUGUUACCGUCAGAUAGCUCAAAUAGACCAGAUUUACAAUCUAUGCUGAAGAAAGAUUUCAUAUCUGCUGAACCUAAGAAAACAGAGUUAGAGGAAUUGUAGAGAAAGGACAAGCAUCUUAGGACAUAAGCAGAAAAACUCCGCAAAAAAUAAUGA